UGCAAACAGGACCCAACGAUCUCACAGGUUGAUCUGACGCCAAGUAUUGGUAGGAUGCGGCUCGUAUGACUAUGACCAAUGGCACGCAGCGUGGUAUUGACAUCUGGUCUUGUUCACUUGAUGGUCCGUGAUGGCGGAUGGUCCCGUUCCUUAUAGGACUUUGUGGAUCCACAGCACAAUUCCAACGAAUAUCCCAACCUCCACCGAAUCAAGCAAACUGAUACGCACCAUCACCAUGCAGAUCUUCACCAUCGUCGCAGUCCUCGCCGCUGCAGCUUCCGCAGCCUCAGUCAGUCGCCAACCCGGUCCAGUCAACUGCUCGACCUGCAACCUCGACGGCUCCGGAAGAGCAUGCCACCCGUCAGCCGCCUGCACCUUGAACGGCGGUGCCGGAGCUCCCAACAAAGCCUACUGCACCUGUCCAUCCGGCUUCAAGGCAAACCCGAGAGAAGUCGGCGCGGAUCCAGCCGCGCAGUGGCGCCUGAACUGGGCCGGACAUGAAAGCCAGGUCUUCGUGCGCUGGGAGACUGCGUGUACCACACCGUGCAACGACGCUACCUGCUCUGAGAUCAGCAUUAAUCGCAACCCGCAAUGCUUUGCGUAGGUGUUUUCCUAGGAGUGGCAUCGGACGAGUGGGUCGGGUAGUGUGAUAUCUGAGGCAUAGCUCUCGUCUGGUAUGGUUCACAUUGAGUGUGAUAUGCUGCUGGCAU